AGGAGGAGCGAAAGGGCAAGUUGAUGGAUUUGAUUUGGGGAGAGUAUUUUUAGAAGGAGGAGCGGAGACAUGAGAGGAAUAUUGAGAUUAGAGAUGCUGUCUUUGAAUGGAGGGGAAAAACCCAGGGAGGAAGAGGAGAAGAAGAGGGGAGAAUAACGGGAGACGGGAGAGAAAAGAGGGUGAGAUGUUGACAUCAGAGUGUGACAGAACAGGUUCUCUCUGGUCUGGUUUCCCACAUCAAACUGCUGUGAGUGUGCACAGGACUGCCUCCUUCCUCAUGUCCAAGUGUGUAGCAUGUUUCUCACUGUGGCUGCGCUGCUGAGGAGCUGGUCCGCUACAAGACGAAGAUGCCCCGUGGUUUACCCGCCCGACCUGAGAACACUGGUUAAAGCCAAGUGGGGUGAGAGAGACGAGGAGCAGACCAGUGACAUCACGAGCGAGUCAAGGCAUCAAAAGUGAGACUGCAAAGUGGGACAGCAAACAAAUGAGCGCGGGAGACUUUUGUGAAUUUAAUUAAAGCUUGUACUUAAUAGUGACAAGGAACUGAUUGCCGCCUCUGGCUGCUGAACGCCUCUGCAAGCCAGUGAAGCUAAAACACACACACACACACACACACACGUUAACUCAGAAGAAGAGAAAGCACAGCGCUGGAACAAGGCAAGCUCUGCUCUAACAGACUGCACCACACCAGCCAGUUCCCCCCACUGUUGCCUCAUUAUUUUAAUUACCUUCCCUUCUUUCAUUUGUUUUUCGUUUUCUCUGCUUAGCCCUUGGUAUUUUGUAUUCUGUCCUCCUCUCUCCCUCUCUCCUCCCCUCCCUCCCUCUUCCUCUUGCGUUCGCUCUCUCUGUCUCAUCCUCUCUUGUUCACUGUCACACUAACUGCGGUGGAUGCUGGAGUCACCCAUGUAGAAGCUACCUUGCUUGAAGCACAUUUGCCAAGCUGAUUUUUUUUUCUUCUCUUGCUGAGUUUGGUGGAUGAUUGGAGCGCUCUGAGAUCGAGAGAGCAGGAGAGAUGACCAACAAGUAGCUACUGCUGAGUGCUUCAGAGCUCCUGCACCACCAGGAGAAGACGACUUCAAAACACAAGAUUUCCUCAGCGUUGCUUCUACGUGUACAUACAGGACAUUUACAGUUAAGACCGCAUGGGUCGUUAGCACUCCUAAGGCAAAACACAUAUCCAGGUGUGGCUUACAGUAGUGGAUUUAUCCUGGAGCUACAUGUGGGCCCCAGCCCCUGAGGCCUGGCUGGGAAAUGAAGCCUUUCCCGCGGCAGUAGGAGCGCUGUGGGCAGCUAUGGCCCUGGAGGGGCGCUGUCUCCGGCGGGGUUCCCCGGCCAUGAUCAGAAAAGGUCGUAAGCGACGUCCUACAAAGCCAGCUCUGGCUCGGGUCACUUCCACUCUGCUGUCAAGGACACGCCUGCAUGGCCUCAGGCAUGUUUGCCUCCCUGGUGGCUCUGUGGGCCGCAGGGCCUUCUGGCUACUGGCCCUCUGCACCUCCCUGGGGCUGCUUUUAUCCUGGUCCUCCAACCGCCUGCUCCACUGGCUUUCCUUCCCCACGUACACACGGGUCCACACAGAGUGGGCCAAAGAACUGGCCUUCCCCGCAGUCACUAUCUGCAACAACAACCCCAUCCGCCUUUACAAGCUCACCAAGAGCGACCUGUAUUUUGCAGGCCACUGGCUGGGCCUGCUCCUGGCUAACCGGACAGUGAGGCCCAUGGUCCUGGACUUGCUGCAAGAGGACCGUCAGGCCUGGUUCAGGAAGCUGUCAGACUUCAGGCUCUUUCUGCCACCCAGAAACUUUGAGGGAACCAACCUGGAGUUUAUGGAUAGACUGAGCCACCAGCUGGAUGACAUGCUCCUCUCGUGCAAAUACAGAGGGGAGCCGUGCGGCGCUCACAACUUCUCUUCUGUGUUCACCAGAUAUGGCAAGUGCUACAUGUUCAACGCUGCAGAGGACGGGAAGACACUCCGCACCACCAUGAAGGGCGGGACGGGAAACGGCCUGGAGAUCAUGUUGGACAUCCAGCAGGACGAGUACCUGCCGGUGUGGGGGGACACAGAGGAUACAGCCUUCGAGGCGGGAGUGCGGGUGCAGAUCCACAGCCAGGCGGAGCCCCCGUUCGUUCACGAGCUGGGCUUCGGCGUGGCCCCCGGCUUCCAGACUUUUGUAGCCACGCAGGAGCAGAGGCUGACCUACCUGCCUCCACCCUGGGGAGAGUGCGAAUCGAAGGCUCUGGAGUCGGGAUUUUUCCAGGUCUACAGUGUAACUGCCUGCCGGAUUGACUGUGAAACCCGCUACAUUGUGGAGAACUGCAACUGCAGGAUGGUGCACAUGCCUGGUGAUGCGUCGUACUGCACACCUGAGCAGUACAAAGACUGCGCCGAGCCUGCCCUCGCCAAACUGUCGGCCGUGGAGAGCAGCAACUGCAUGUGCAGGACGCCGUGCAACAUGACCCGCUACAACAAAGAGCUGUCCAUGGUCAAAAUCCCCAGCAAGACCUCGGCCCGAUACCUACAGAAGAAGUUCAACAAGUCGGAGAAGUACAUCACAGACAACAUCUUGGUGCUGGACGUGUUCUUCGAGGCUUUGAACUACGAGACCAUCGAGCAAAAGAAGGCUUACGAGGUGGCAGGUUUGCUGGGUGAUAUCGGUGGUCAGAUGGGGCUGUUCAUCGGAGCCAGCAUCCUCACCAUCCUCGAACUCUUUGACUAUGCUUAUGAGGUGGUGAAAGACAGACUACUGGAUUUACUGAGCAGAGAGGAAGAGGAGGAGAGUCACGGAGAGGAUGUGAGUUCCUGUGACCCGGUGGCAAACCACUCGGAGUCCAUCAGCCACACUGUGACAGUCCCCCUGCAGACAACGCUGGGCACCCUGGAGGAGAUUGCCUGCUGAGGGCCCCACGCUCCCACCCCCUUCCCCUCAGAGCUGUACACGUCCAGGGGCCGCCUCCACUGGGUGGCGCUACAUCCUCUGUUAGGGCAUCCUGCAGGACCUCAACAGGGGAGGGGAGGAGACGAGGACAAGAACAGGGGCUGGUAUAAGGACGGCGUUGCACUCUGUCACGCCGCCCUGUCUGAGGCACUAAUGGGGAUUAAGGAGCUGUCAGCCGGACUUAUCGGCCCUCUCCGUCACCCCGCACUGUACUGUGGUGGGAGGGUUGCCUCUGCUGUGCCGGACCUGCGGUGGGGUGUGUGUCUCCACAAACCCGCACGCAGAAAAAGACUGGGUGGGGCAACCGCCCAUAAAGGAGGCUCAUCCUUGUGCAGCAUAUCUGUGUAACAGACACAUUUAUAUGUUGGUCACUGCCAAAUGAACUGUACAAAACUGGUUUUGAACCGUCCAAACUGCAUGCGUCGAUCUAUCUUGCUCUCUUUGCUGAUGCAUACGCUGGACUGCAGUGUUGCUUUACUGUACAUGUGUGCCAUUUGUCUCUCUAUCUGCAGGACAGGCCUGUCACAGGGGCCCAGGUGAGGUAUCGAACAUCGAAUGUACAGAUUGAACAUAUGGUUGUUUAAAAUCAUAGUUCAGAUGUGACCGGUCCUCAGAAAAUCUGUUCUACAAAGAGCAAUUUAUCAUUUCUUUGUUUAUUAUGCUGAAAAGCCAGAGAUUGAUGAAGUAUGAGGACAACAAAAACAAAACAUAACUCCUGAACAUUUUGCUUUGUUCACCGAAAACCAAGUGAAAUCUAAAAAUUUUGCAGCUCGCAUUUUGCAUAUUUUUUCUCUCACCUGUCAGUUUGAAUUUAAUCAGUUUACUAAAAGGCAUGUUUGCUGUGUGACUCCUGGGGUGCUGAGCUGUUCUCUGCAGACAUCUUUAAAGAGAUGUCAUACUCUCACUGUUAAUUUAUGUGAAUAAAUGACUGGCUUCUGGCUGCUGCACCUCACCACAGCACCCAGCUAAAUGAGGUAGAAUCUGAAUUUAUUUGCCUGCCAGACAACAAGUCGUGUACAAAACACUGCAGCAAAUGAAUAUGCCCAGGGUGCUGUUAAACCAUUAUUUCAUUACAAGAAUGUCACGGUGAUAUUUCAGACAGCCAUUACCACUUUAUUAUGGAUGGCAUCGUCGUGUCCUUCACCCAACAAAAAUCCCACAUUGGACAAUUUUAAGCAAUUUCCAUUAUUAUAAAAAUUAAUACAAAAGCACCAUGUGGAGGAUACAGACAGGUUUAUUGUUUUUGUUCUAAGCUACAGGGUCUGCUGUGUUAUGGUGUAAAUAUCUGUCUUUUUCUUUUCCUCAUGAAAACGGGUACCAUGCAGACAUGCCUGAAGCAGAUCUAAUUUAAAUGUAUGUGGGCAAAGCAUCAACUCCAGGUCCAGAACAGACUCCAUAUUUGUCACAUUUUUCCAUGCUCCGUGUGCAGCUCUCGGUAAGGUGAGGAUGUUACGCAACAGGCAGUAGCAUUUUGGGGGUAGUUGAAUGUCAAAAAAACGAAGGACACACUCUGCUCCAGGCAUCCCUUGGAUUGCAGGUUCAGCUGGACCGUCGGUGUCCUCAGGGACGACGGUUACGUGUAUGUGGCUUGUGUGAGACCAUGUGGAAGAUUUAGUGCAUUUGAGUUUUCCAAUUCUUGUCCAACAAACAUGGACUCUUGCCAUCAUUGUAAUGUACAUUACAGGUAGGAAUGAAUUCAAGUGCUUCGUGAGACCGUUUCAAUCAUGAUUUCUCAUCUGUGGCUCGACCCUGCUGUCUCUGUGUAUCCCAUGUCGUGGCUUCAGACGAACACAACCCUGAGCCGACCUGCAGGGGGCGCGCCGGCGACACUGGCUGUUUCUUCUCUCUGCUUUGGCUUCAGUUGUUAUCGCAGGACGGCCUUUUCUCAUCUUGUGAUGCAGCAUACAGUGUGUGUGUUUUUAAUGUGAAACAAUUAAAUUAAAAAGUUGUUUUGCAGUGCUGGCGUCCUGUCGUGGCAACACUGGAUAUGACGGCGCAGCUCACGACGAAUCUGAAUUUGCAUAAUCACACCUCGACCUCAGUUUUGUGCAAAAGGGUUCGUUCAGCGCACCUCGGCGGACUCACGAAUCUCCGAUGGAAACGGUCACAGUACAAGCAGAGCUGAUCAAACAUGAAUCGAGAUUAAGUUGCUGCAUUGCGUGUUUCACUUCUCACACGCUUUCAGAAACACAGUGUACAUUUUAGCUGUAACGGGAGUUUAAAAUUUGGAAAACAGACAUUC